AUGGCUGUUACAAUAAUUACAAAGAGCAACAAAGGACCGAUUGUAGAUCCCGGUUUAUGCCGAUGCUGUCGUUCGAUUAAGAAAUGUCGUUUCCUGUCUUCGGAGUACGAAUGGAUGGGCAACAAGGAGGUGUAUUCAGAUAUGCUAAUGGAUUGCUUUGGAUUAUUACAUCACAAUAAAUGUGGCAAAGGCAACAUUGAAAAUAUUUUGCUGUCCCAUAUGGAUGGUGACAACAAAGACAGCUGCAUUUGCGCCACAUGCGUGUCCCGUCUCCGCGAGGCAUGCGCCUUCCGCCAGCAGGUUCUGCAGUCUGAAGAGGUGUUCCUCAAGGCCAAGCUAGAAGACCACAAAGAUGGCGAAUCCAAAACCCUGAUCGAGGUCAAGACGGAGCCAAUGGACGAUAUGAUAUCCGAUGCCUAUAUGGAUGAAGGCGACUCGAGUGGCGAACGGAACGUUUCAGACACAAAACCGCCGGACAUCGCGAGUCUAGUGCAAAGGGCGCCGGUGGUCGCGAGGCGGCGCUCCCUCCGCACCAAACACGUGACGGAGCCCUCGGCGGUGAGGGGAAUGAGGAAGCUGCGCUCGAAGAUGGACAGAAUGCUGGAUAUGCCGGAGAAACGGAGGAAGAAAGUGCUGGCCAGCAAACCCAAGAAGCAGACGGACGACCACGAGCAGAUGGCGUAUGCCAACACGGUGGCGAUUGUCCAGAACUCUUAUGUGUGCCCGUUCCUCAACCGCGUGAGCAACUACUACUGCUACUACUGCAAGGACCAGUUCACCAACCCCAACGAGCUGAGGGAGCACACGCUCACCCACGACCCCAAGGAGAUGUUCGAGAACAUGACGGAGGGCAGGAAGCUGCCCAAGAUCGACAUCACGCGGAUCGACUGCCGCCUGUGCCCGCAGAAGAUAGAAGACCUGGACGCCCUCAAGCGGCAUCUCACCGCCGCCCACGGGAAACCCCUCCACCCGGUCGCCAACGAGUUCCUGAAGUUCAGGCUCUCCCUGAACAGCCUCGCGUGCACCGAGUGCGGCACCGCGUUCCCCUACUUCGACAUGCUGAAGAAGCACAUGGUGGAGCACUUCGGCACGUUCAUAUGCGACGUGUGCGGCGCCUGCUUCCUCGAGCAGAACUCGCUUCGCACCCACAUCAAGUCGCACAGCCGCGUCGAGGCGAGCUUCCCGUGCGAGGUGUGCGGGAAGAACCUCAAGUCGAAGUACAGCCGGUACCUCCACGUGGCGACCGUCCACGAGAAGAAGCCGACGGUGAACUGCUACAAGUGCGAGGCGAGCUUCCUCUCGUACGCGCUGCGCAACAGGCACCUGAUCGAGGCGCACGGCGACGCGCGCACGUUCCCGUGCAAGCUGUGCGACAAGGUGUACAACCGCCGCAAGACCCUGAUGGAGCACAACCGGCGGAACCACCUGAAGGUGUACCGCCACCAGUGCGAGCUGUGCGACCAGCGCUUCUACCUGCCGUCGAGGCUGAAGGAGCACAUGGCGACACACACGGGCGAGAGGGGCUUCCGCUGCGAGUACUGCGAGAAGAGCUACCCGCGGCUCCAGUCGCUGCAGGAGCACCUGCGCUCCCACGGGGCGGAGCGCCGCCACAAAUGCGACCUCUGCAGCGCCACCUUCGCCCAGAGCUCCGCCCUCAAGAGCCACCUGAAGACUCACCACCGGGACUUCGCAGAGGACGCCUUCACU